GUGUUUUCUGAUUUACAAUAGCAGUGGCUGCUCCGGCACAAACAAGAAUAAGGGUGCCGAUGAACUCUGCCACAACCUGGUUAAUGUAUCAUAUAUCAGUCAGAUGCAAGGACAACAGAGUAAAACAAGAGUUUAUCAAAAGCUAUUCCGUUGAGGCGAAGACCUCUUAUAUAUGCGGGUUAUUUUUAAAGCCUCUCAACUCUCAAGACAAUCUUGUAUCCAGGGAUGUUCUCCAAUGUUCAAGGAGGAGACAUUGUGCUAAUUCUAUAAUACAUGCAAUGCAGCUCCACAAAAGGCAAUCAACUUCAGAGGGUCAUGUUGAUUCCCUUAAAGAUAAGGAUGUUGAGGAAGUUCUAGCAGAGAUCAAGAAAAAGAGAUCAAAUACAGCUGAUGAUGUAGGGUCUGCUGGAUUUAAGAGUGUUAAACAAGUUCCUGAUGAAGAGUUAUCUCCAGAAGAAGACACAAAUGGUGAAGACGAGGGAAAAGACGAAGAGAGAUUGUUAGAAGGCGACGAGGAACGACCUCCAAAGAGGCAUGUCACCUACGGUUAUCAUAUGGUCCGUGGCAAAAUGGAGCAUGAAAUGGAAGACUAUGUGGUUGCAAAGAAGCGGAUUGUAGAUGGCAAAGAAUUAGGCUUAUAUGCAAUUUUUGAUGGGCACUCGGGCCGCAAUGUAGCUGAGUAUCUGCAGCAUAAUCUCUUUAACAACAUAUUAAAUCAGCCGGAUUUCUGGGAAAAUCCGCAGGCUGCUGUCAAGAGAGCAUACAAAGAAACAGAUGAACAGGUCUUAGACGAAGUGGUAGGCUCACGAGGUGGAUCAACAGCGGCAACCGCUAUCUUGAUCAACCGAGAGAAACUCAUCAUUGCAAAUGUAGGUGAUUCGCGUGGAAUAUUAUGCAAAAAGGGAGAUGUGGAACAAAUUACAGUUGAUCAUGAACCAGAAAAAGAAAUAAAAGCUGUUCAAGAAAGAGGUGGUUUUGUCUCCCAAAGGCCAGGAAACGUACCUCGUGUUGAUGGCGUGUUAGCAAUGACAAGGGCGUUUGGUGAUGGCAAACUAAAACAACAUAUCUCUUCAGAGCCUCAUGUAAGGAUCGAGACCGUUGGUGCAGAUGUAAAGUUCAUUGUGCUUGCCAGUGAUGGCCUCUGGAAGGUAAUGUCAAACGAAGACGUUUACGAUUGUAUUAGAGAUCUCAAUGAUGCACACGCAGCAGCAGAGCAACUGAUCAAGGAGGCAUUACAUAGAAGAAGUGCAGAUGAUAUUUCCUGCGUUGUCGUGUCGUUUGGAGACUGAAGUAGGAGCCUCAUGAAACAAACCAUGAAUUACUUAUCGAGCAAAAGAAAUACUUCGAUGUUGUUGCCUUUAUUUCCCUACCAUAUACUCAAAAAACAAGACAUUCACAAGAAAGUAUCAUGAUUUCAUUUUCUUUGCUCCAUUGAUAUGUUCUACUUUGUACUAUAACAAAA